UCAGUGUGAUAUUGCUUGUUGAUUUUUUUCUUUUUAUUCAAAUCAAGUCUUUGUUGGGAUGGACUUGUCCUUCAAUAUACUCCUGUCCUGAUGGGGUGCCAGGAAACGCAAAAAAAGUUAAAUUUUCAAGCUUUGUGUGGUAGGAUCCAUCAUCCAUGAAAAGAAUAUGCAAGUAAAAUAGUUAUUCAAAAAAGUUCUUUCCUCCACACAAUAUGAUCGUUUACUGAUAAACUAAAUCAAAAUGAAUGUAUUUCAACGAGUGAGUGGAUAACAAUAGAAUAAUACAAUGAAGGAAUAUAACACUAUUUUACAUGAAAUGAAAUAACCCAAUAUCACAAUCAUAGAAUAGCAAAACUUAAAAUGCAAAGAAUCAGGAAUUAAGAUGCAUUAGAAGAAAAGAUUAAUGAAAUCUUAUGAGCACGUUCCAAACGAAUCAUGCUUUAAGUUUUCACAAGAACUAGCCUAUUUCUCAUUAUAAAAAAAUCAAAUGAAUCUUUAGGAUUAAAACUUCAUCCAGAAUUUGAUUGGUUCCAAACUACAGUCCACCUGAAUUUAUUUUGAAUCCCCGAAAUUAAGAGUUUUGCAAGAAAACUUACGUUCAAAUGCAAUCAAAAUGUCAGUCCCAAAAUCUGGGCAUGACAGAGACAUACGAUAUGCAAUGAACAACGUAAAUCAACUAUACAAUUCAAUGGCGUAGGCUGGUUUGAGCAUGAGGAGGUGCACAUCUUGGGGAGGUGGAACCGAAUUUUGAAAAUCAGCUGUUGAAAGCAGGAGAGGUACACAUUUCGUUUUGCUUGACAGUGUCGGAACUCCUCUGCCUCAGCGGGAGGGUGCACGUGCACUCACAGACUACGCCGUUGAAAUUACAACUACAACUGCAAAUUAUGUAUUUACCAUGGGGAAACCUGAUUUCAGCUGGUUAAUUGCUGAGCCUUGCUUCCUUGGUAUUAUUCAUGUUAUUAUUUGAGUUAUAUUUACAUUAUACGUACAGCAUUUAUAGUUCAUAUAGUCAAGGAGCUUGCUCCUUGAUAUUGUGCACAUUGUGUACUUGCUUUGUGAUUCAUGUAGGCCUACAUGAGUUUAUAACUGCACAGAUGUCAUUUUAUUAGAAAUUGUUAACUAUAUCUUGUACUACAUAAUUGUUAAUAAGAACAACAUUUUUUUUUAAAGAAUCAUACACUUUGAACUGAUAUUGGUGUAUAUGAUGUUUUAAAUGUCUAAGACCAUGAAGUAGAACAAUUUAGCUGAUCUCUACUUCAAUUUGUCUGAAUAAAUGAGUAAAUAAGUAUCAGAGUGGUUUCAAUUCGUGAUUAGCCUCUUUAAUAUCAUUUGUUUACCUGUAUCACUUUUAUAACUUCGUCCGUGACUCUUCCCAAGGUCAUGAAUUGCAAAUGUUUAACAAACCGGAAACUUUGACCGGAGACUUUAAACCUGGAACGUAAAUAAAAGAGUGUUUGUAUUUGUAUGAUUCAAAGUAAACCACGUUCAACAUCACAUCAGGUAUAAAUGCAUUCUCUUGACACGGGCGAAUUCGGGAUAUUUUAUUUUGUUAUUUCGAUUAUAAGAGGUAAAGCGACACAGGUUGAAACGUACCUACACAAGAAUUACGUUUUCUACCUUUAGGUAACAGUGAUGAAUCGCAGUGACAUUCAGCAGCAUGGCAUUCGGUACUAACUAAAUGUACCACAUAAUCUGUAUCAAAUUAUUUUCAAUUUGAAAAUGGGUGAUAUGUUAGUCACAUCUGUCUUUCUUGGAGCAUUGGGCUUUCUCCUCUGCAUCUUGUUGAUCAGGAGACGAAAGAAACUCCCACCCGGACCAUGGUCUCUCCCUUUCAUCGGGUACAACUUUAAAGAGGACCUCAUCCACGAAACCUACACAGACCUGGCUAGCAAGUAUGGGCCUAUUUUCAGUUUGAAGAGAGGGCCAUUUCUCUUUGUUGUUCUUAAUGACAAAGACAGCUUGAGACAGGCUCUUGCAAAGUCGGGGGAGUUCUCCUCUGAUCGGUUUGUGGCUGGUCAUCUUAACUGGGGUAUCCCAGACCCUCAAAAGAAAGCUUCCAUCGCGUUCAGUAAUGGAAAGCCUUGGAGUGACUUACGAAAGUUCUCUCUUCCUGCUCUGCGCUCCUUUGGAUUCGGAAAACGGAGCCUUGUGCCUCGGAUCAACCUUGAAUCACGUUACCUUGCAGAUGAAAUCAGGAGUCUUCGUGGAAAACCCACAGAUCUUGCGAUUACGCUCUCUAAGGCUACCGCAAACAUCAUAUGUCAGCUUCUAUUUGGUCGCCGAUAUGAGUACGAUGAUCCAGAGUAUAUUGGGAUUCUAAAGUCAGUCGAAGACACACUCUCACUGAUCCCAGAAACAGAUCCGGUGAACAUCUUCGAAUCACUCAUACACACACCGAAAUACAAGCGCUACCGUGAAACGAUCUUUGCCGACAGGGACUUCAUGAUGUCACAUGUCAAAAGCCAUCAGGAGACAUUUCAGAAAGAGAACAUUCGUGAUUUUAUCGACGCCUUCCUAGCAGAUGAUGAUAUACGCCAGGAAUUCAAAGUUGAGUAUUUUUGGCGGAUUCUGCUGGAUUUCUUCCUCGGAGGUACCGAUACCACGGCAGUUGUUACAUCUUGGGCGAUUCUCCUCUUAGCAAUUCACCCGGAUGUUCAACAAAAGGUACAAACCGAAUUAGACACUGUUAUUGGACGUGGUCGUCAACCGACAACCGAGGACCGUCAACAGUUGCCCUACUGCAAUGCCACCCUUGCUGAAGUCAUGAGAUUUCGGCCCGUUUUACCUGUCUCAGCCCCCCACAUGACUUCUGAUGACGUUUCUUUGGGAGGUUAUUUGAUCCCUAAAGGCGCCAUCGUUGUUCCGAACCUGUGGGCUGUUCAUCAUGAUCCGCGGGAAUGGAAGGAUCCGGAAAACUUCAACCCCAACCGAUUUCUUAGCGAGGAUGGGAAAGCGUUUCAGAAGAACGAUGCGUGGAUGCCAUUCGGUGUUGGUCGGCGCGAUUGCGUGGGUAGUCAGCUGGCCAAAAUGGAAACCUUUCUCCUGUUCACCAACCUCUUCCAGCAGUUUGAAUUCAGGCUACCACCCAAUCAACCCACUCCAAGCUUGCGUGGCCAGAACGGAAUCACCAUGAAUCCAGAACCAUACGAAAUUUGCGCCAUCGAACGCUAAUCUUGUAUAAAUCAUCCUCCAUAGGUCUUAUACAACUGCUGCCCCACCUUUUCUUCUUGAUUUCUGUUUGUUUGGCAAGAAGUGCUGAAAUAUUUUUUUUUCUUCUCCUUUAAUAUUCUCUUCUUUUCUCUCCCCCUUCGCCUCUUUUUCUCUGUCACUUUCUUUACUAAUUUUCAUGAAUGGAAGCAUUGAUUCAGUUGUGCUUAUGCAAUUUUUUAAAUGAUUUUUAUUUGUGUUAACCCUAACUAGGCCGGGCUUUUUUGGCUGUUCUGUGG